CUUUUUUGCAUCCAUUCCCUUCUCUCUGGGCUUUAGGGCAUCUUGUGCGAAUUUAGCGGGCGAGUCGGCUGCUUGAAUUCUCUCUUUGCUAUGAUAAUGUGUAUGUACAUAUAAGACGAGAUGGGCUCGGAGAUUCAAGGCUGAGAGAAUGGUAGUAGGAGAAAGGUCGUGUUAUAUACCCAGGGUGGUUCUGGCGUGCCUUUUCGAGAUGGAUAUGUGGAUGCGAGAUAUGGUAUCAUCUAGAUAUGAAGUGUUUGUGGUACACUACGUUGUCUGUUUCUGCAACAUCGAUGCGAUGGGUUUGGUCGCUUUCGGUAUCCUUUCAGACCGUCAAUACAGGAACGCUUGAGAGCAUCGUUCAGGUGAGCGUGCAGUAUGACGGAUCAAAACGACCAUGAA